AUGCCCUCGCAGCCGCCCGCCUUUCUCCCAGCCCAAGCCGCACAGCUGCACAGCUGCCCGGCUGCCCAGCUGCCGCCGCCAUCCUCUGCCAUGGCCACGCCCGCCCUUCUGGACUCGGCCAUCGCCAAGUCGUCGCAGCUCUCGAAAAUCAUCUGGGCCAGCUCCUCGACUACUCCUGCCGCCGUCAAGCAGCUCGUCAGCCAUGCCGCCCGCCUGAGCCGCGCCCUCGUCUGCCUGCGCUCCCUGCCCGCCGCGCUCCAAGCCGACGCGCCCUUCGUCGAGACUUGCGAUCGCAAGCUGGACGAAUGCGCUGCCUUCAUCCACGAGUGCAUAUUGUUCCGCCGUGACUCGAUCCUGGACCCUGAUGGCGGCGCGCUGAGCCUGGACCGCAAUGCCUUCCCCGCCGGACGCGCGCUGCUGCUGAGCGGCGAGCUUCUGGUGCGCACCGAGCAGCUCGAAGGCCUGCUCCGGGAUUAUGGUCGCACUGCCCGCGGCCCACCACCACCAGAUGCCGCUUCCGCGCCGCGCCAAACAGUGCCUCCCGAGCUCCGCAGGGCCUGCACCGCGACCGUUGUCAGCUUGCCUUCAGGAAACCAUGCCGGGACCGAGCCCAGCAGCGACACCCACUCCGCGGCCGCAUUUUCCAUGACGGACGACUACCACCACGGUGUCGACGUCCGAGGCCGCUACCAGCUCAAGCGGAAAGCCGAGGCGUCGCGCAAUCGUGCCCCAGCCCACUAUUCGCCAGAAGUCGGCGGCCAGGCCACCCCGUCCAUACAGCCCUCCUCGCUCGGCUCAACAUGCAGUCCCUCGAUAUCCAGCACAUCCCCCAGCCUGCAGCAAAGUUCCAUGACCAGCUUCACCUCCUCGAAAAAAGCACCACAAGAACCUUUGCCCGUCCACAAGAAACUCCCUCUGUUGUCUCUCGGACCCGCGUCUCUGCCUGCCCAUGUGGCGGCACUACGAUUAUACACCAAAGAAAACUCGAGUUUGCCCCGCGACAUCCAGUUGCUCGGCUGGCGGAAAAGCACACAUCCGGACGGCAGUGUAAUAACGUGGUCCAUCCAGGGCUCGGACCAAGAGUUCGUGCACUACCUGCCACACAACGCUUUCCCUCUCACGCUUCACAAAGACCACGGCGAGGAAUCCGUCAUCCAGUUCAGCACUCUCCACAAGGUUGCCCUGAGAUCCGAGAACUCGGAGCGCUUCUUUUCAUCAACCCGCGUCGUCUACGAAUUCGUCCAAAACGAGCCCUUUAUCUGUUUCCAAGAGGACAUUCGCCAUAAGCAUCUCGUCGACGUCUUCAACUUCCACCUGAUCCUGAGCAACCGGAGUGGUUCAAGUACAUACGGCGAAGCUAUCCAUGGCCAUGUCAAAUUUUGGCGGGAUCGCGAUCCUCCCUUCCAUCACUCCAUAUCCUUCUUCGGUAAUCACGCAGGGAGAGACGUAGAAUUCCCGAUUCUCCGAUUCAAUUCCCAGGCCGUGUCAAGAAGAGUAGAGAAGAGAGUGAAGCUCACCUUUGCUUUCCCUCCAAAGGGAGGCCAGAGCAAAGGCUCGUUCAGGGGCUUUUUCAGACGCUCUCAGACCAGUGAAGCAUCGACGCCCGUGACAGACCACCUUCCCAACAUUUCACAGCCAACCCCGCAGCAAGCAGCGCUCAUGAUUGACAUGAAAUACCUCGAUCUACGUUUUGAUACCGUUGAAGAUUUCGAUCGCUUCAUGAAAUCUUUCCAAGAGAUUCGCGCAGCCGAUGAAGCUAGUUGCACCUUCUCCAUGGCAGAUAUCUCAGCCGAGCUGGAAAACACCUCCGUGGCCAGUGGGCUGCCUGCUGAUCGUGAAAAGGCAGAACUCGAAGCGCUGCUGCUCACUUCUCCAACAAUCCCAGCCAGGGCGGAGCAUGAGGCUAUCUCGCCAGCGAUAUCGCCGAUGUUACAGCCACGGCUGGAUACGAUGACAGGGCACCUGCGCAUAUGA